UCUCCUCUCUGCUCCUCUUCUCUGCUCCUCCUCUCUGUUCCUCUCUACUGCUCCUCUCUGCUCUCUGGCUCAAGGAGAAUGGAGUCGUGGUUACAGCCGGUAAAAAUACUCCUGCUGCUCUUACAUCAGUGCUGGAUAUUUUUGGGAACUUCUCCCACUUGCGUCGUCGGAGCGGUUACUGGGGUGUCUGUCUCUGCCAGCUCUGGAUUGUCGCCUCUCUGUUUGUGCAGGGAGAGAGAGAGAGACAGACAGAGAGAGAGAGUGCACAGUGCGUCCUGAGGCGGCACACUGCGUCCUGAGGCUCCACAGUGCAUCUUGAGGCGGCACACUGCGUCCUGAGGCUGCACAGUGCGUCUUGAGGCAGCACAGUGCGUCCUGAGGCUCCACAGUGCAUCUUGAGGCGGCACACUGCGUCCUGAGGCUGCACAGUGCGUCUUGAGGCAGCACAGUGCGUCCUGAGGCUCCACAGUGCGUCUUGAGGCGGCACACUGCGUCCUGAGGGGGCACACUGCGUCCUGAGGCUGCACAGUGCAUCCUGAGGCUGCACAGUGCGUCUUGAGGCUGCACAGUGCGUCUUGAGGCGGCACAGUGCGUCUUGAGGCGGCACACUGCGUCCUGAGGCUGCACACUGCGUCCUGAGGCUGCACAGUGCGUCUUGAGGCGGCACACUGCGUCCUGAGGCGGCACAGUGUGUCUUGAGGCGGCACACUGCGUCCUGAGGCGGAACAGUGCGUUCUGAGGCGGAUCAGUGCGUCCUGAGGCUGCACAAUGCGUCCUGAGGCUCCACAGUGCGUCCUGAGGCUCCACAGUGCGUCCUGAGGCUCCACAGUGCGUCCUGAGGCUCCACAGUGCGUCCUGAGGCUCCACAGUACGUCCUGAGGCUGAUCAGUGCGUCGUUAGGCGGCACAGUGCGUCCUGAGGCUGAUCAGUGCGUCGUUAGGCGGCACAGUGCGUCCUGAGGCUGAUCAGUGCGUCCUGAGGUUUCCAUGUAACUAUGUGGAAGGAACACGUUGCAGAGGUGCAGCAGUGAGGACGGUAUUGAGAGAAACAGGACACCGUGGGGACUCUGGCACCAGAAUAACAGCUCGACCUGUAGUCUCUGUCGUCUCUGAGAGGACAUUGAGGACAUGGAAGGGACCGGACGCUUUGGUCCGGUCUCCUGGACGCGCACCGCCGUCCGGAGCGCUGCUGUGCGUCCGGCUGGAGGUCUGGUCGGGUUUGGAUAAUCUGUUUGAAUAAUUUGCGCUUCUCUUUACGCGCGACCUGAAGAACAGUUUGAGUUGUGAUGGAAACAUUUCACCUUUCCAGAGCAGACAUGGACACUUACAGAAUAGCUUGGCUACUAUAGCUUCUACUAGUUUAUCUCGUUAAGUUGUUAUUUUAAUGAUUUAUUUGGAGACAUGUGGAGCGCGUUUAUGAACGGUACCGGUACCGGUGGGGGGGGCUACGUCCCGGCUCCGGGAUGGGACUUUGUGCCGUGCUCCAGGAUGAGGAGGACGGAAAGAGGAAGGGGCAGAAGCCUCAGUCCGUCCAGGAGGAUCUCCUCUCCGCCUACCUUCACUCACAUCUACCAGUCCCAGUCCGGAGGACAAGCUGCAGCAGGGACACCGAUCCAAGAGGUCCUCAGGGGACAAAUGUGGCCGAGUCCUGAACCUCAGUCUCAGCAGCAGCAGCAGCAGCACACGAGGCUUAAAAAGAAACUUGAGGAUUUGAAAAAGCGACACGUGCAGGAUAAAGAAGAAUGGAUGCGCGAGAAGGAGUCGUUGUUGAGAGAAGUAGCUGACAUACAAGGAGGGGAGAACAGGAGGAUUCUGCUGGACCUGAAGACAGUGUUGGAGGAAGUGCAGGCGGAGGUGAAGAGAGAGGAGGAGAAGAGGAGCGAGCUCCAGCUGCUGUACACCAGAGACAGAUGUUCCUGGGAGCUGGAGAAGGCUGAGCUCAAAUGCAGGAUUGCACAGUUGGAGACUAGAGAGGGUGCCGGGUUGAUCGGCGGAGGGGUCCAGUCGGCAGCAGGUCCCGGCUCUGUGGCGUCACGGGGUGCUCGAGAGCAGCGCGGCGAGACGUCCACACUCCGCCGGGAGAGGGAAGAGCAGCGGAGGCUCCUGGCGGACACGCACUCGACAGCCAUGGACCUGCGCUGUCGCCUGGAGCACAAUGAGAAGGACUGGCUAAGGGAGAAAGCAGAGCUGCUGGAGAGGUUCGACGUGGAGAGGAGGGAAUGGGAAUGCCAGCUGAAGGAUAUGCAGAGGAAAAUAGAAGAGCUGUACUGUGACGUGAGGACCAAGCGAGGAGGGACCGGGCUGGACGGUGGGCAGCAGGACGCUGAUGAUAUCCUACACAGGCUCAGCAUACGCUCAACCAGCACCGGCUCCAGUCUGCUCAGUGACAACGAGCUGCUCAGCAGCAGCAGCCAGUCAGAACCAAUCAGACAUCCACCGUCGUCUGGUUUUGGUCGUAAGAGAAACAUCAGUGGCAGCGAUUGUGUUGGCAGAGAUGAUCACCACUCCACCUGCUUCCAAGCAGACAGCCUCCGUCAAUUUGAUGUUGGUGGUCGGUUCUCUCAGAAUGACCAUUCACAACCGGACCCGGUGGAUGAGUUAGGAUCCAGAGGCACUUGGCAGCAAGACUCAGUCACUGAUAGCGAGGGAGCUGUGGAUACUAUAGAGCUGGAUGCUAUGUUUCAUGGCGCUCCACAGAAAAAUGGAAAUGAAAGCAACGCUCAUGUUCGUCCUGAAGAAAGUCCUCUUUGGGCAGAGCUGAGUUACGGCAGCGUCAGGAAGAAGAACACCACUGCUCUCAAUGCUGCUCUGAAGGAGAUAGCCCGUGUGAGCGAGGAGCUUUGCAGCUACCAGGAUGAGAUCAGAAAGAAGAGUGGUGAUAAGAGAAAUCGAUGUGAAUCCCUGUGCUUACCCGAGGAAAACCAGAUGUUGUUCGGAUAUGAUAAAACCCACUUGGAGGUGGUUGAAGCUCCCUGCGACCUCAGCCAGAUUUACGAUGACCUCCGGGCCUUGGAGAGGGAAAACUGGAUCACCUUGUCGCCAGAUAACACCUGGCGGGCCGACAGAGGGCCGAGCAAAUCCUGGAGAACAAACACCGGCGAUCCAGACAGCUACAGAGAAGCACAGACGAGCCCCGGAGCGCUCUCUGACGGAGAUACAGCAGGUCCACCCGUCCCUCCCCGCUCCUCCUCCUGGAACCUGAACUCCCCCACCCAUCCAGACACAGAACUCUACAUCCCAGAAUCCCCCACGACAACAGUGAGGAAGUGCCACAGUCCCUGUGUUCUAGUGGACAAAAAGUGUAGCAGCCCAUCUAUUGUCAGGAAGUUCGAGGCCAUGCUGCAAGAAAACGAAGGCAAAGUGUUGAUAGACGGGGUCGUAUCAUCGUGCUCCGUUCCUGCUAACUCUGAGUGUAACAUGGGCUGCUGCCACAACCGCUGGUCCUGUGAUGCAAGCAAGUUCACCAGCAGUAAGCUGUCGACUUACGGGACUGUGCAGAAAAGCUUCUCUGAAGUCAACAUCUUGACUGCUGGAAAAGACUCGCGCUCAGAUUACUGCCCUGGUGUUGGGAACUUAAAACUCUGUGAGCUAGAAAUGCCUCCAACUGUCAAAGAGUUACCGCUAGAUUUGCUCUUGUCCUCUCUUGAAACACCACCCGUCGGCCCAAACCUGCAGGGCUCCAGAAGAAACAUAAUGCUGGAACAAAAAACAGCUGAGUUCAACAGAACUUUGUUUCAGGCUGAGAUGGGCCGCGGCGCAGAGGAACGGAACGGUGUUCCAGUAACAGAUGGCUGCUCGGCGGGUCGCCAGCCGGUCUCUUCAACGUGUGCAUCAGAUGAUCAGAGACCUCUGAGGGAGACACUUCAGACACAUUGUACUGAUGUCACCACUAGCGUCACGGGUGUACAUCCUGAAGUCACGUUACCUCUCUCCACCCCAAAUUCAACAGUUCAGAACCCCAAAGUCCAACCACGGCAAAUGAGAUGUGGUCCUGAAGGUCACGAGGUCAGGAUGGAGCCAGAAAUCCUUUCUGACUUCUCAUCUGAGCAGCCACAGAUUGGACUCAGGGAGGCAGCAACAAUAAGCUCUCCUCCUCCUCCUACACACCAUUCUGAGGUCAAGCACAAAGUUCACACAGCGAGCAGGAAAACACAACGCAGGGCAGCCACAGAGCCUCUCUUUACUGAGCCGGGUCAGAGCGUGGACGGCUCCAGCUCCAAGAAUGAGAACCCCCACAGAGCGAAGCCUCAGUCGGCCAGAGUUGCCGUCUCGCUCCAGCAGCCGUCUGCUGAGAACAAACAAAGAGCGAUGACCCAGCCGGGCCACCAGGCCCAGCUCAAGCACGCGUCUGUUCUCCCUUCCCAGUCGGACUCCUCCAGACCCGGGCCUCGAAUGAUGAACGAGCAUCCCUGGAAGGCCCUCACUCUGGCUGCGUACCCACGGCCCGAGGGAUCCAGGUCCAACUACGGGGCGGUGGAAAGGAUUCUGAAGAACUACGAGAGUGCAGCCCGGGCUCAGCAGAACCAGAACCGACCCAACGAGACGGCUUCAAGUCCUAACGUCGGCGUCGAGCAGGAAGAGACCGUCACACAACUGGACAUGCUGGACAUGGACCCUCUGCCUUUACCUCCCACUCUGAGACACACACAGACUUCACACACCUCACAGACGCACAGCACGCACGCACAGCUCAGCAGCCACGGCACCACGGGGCUGAAAGAGGUACAUCUAACAGUGCAGGAGGACGAAGAGACGUCCGUCUCCUCCUCCGUUCAGAAGAACUUCUCCAGGCCCGCCCGUCCUGCCAACCGCCGCCUCCCGUCCCGAUGGGCCAGCCGCUCCCCUACGUCCUCCUCCUCCACCUCCUCCUCUCCCUCCACCACCCCUCCAUCCUUCCCCCUCCACAAACACAGCUCCUCUUUUACCUACUCGCACGCCUUUCACAUGGAGACAGUCAUCAUUUGACCUCCACAUCACCAACGAGAAGCCUUCAGUGAUGACCUCUGAACACUGAAGGUUCCUCUUCAUUACUUCUGUACAUACCAGACUGCUCCUCCUCUCCUCCAGACUACAGAAGUGCUUUAGCUGUGAGUUCAUUAACUCACCUUUUAGAAUGUACGUGGCUUCCAGCGGAGCCUAAACUGACCAAGAAAAGGAUCUGAAUCCGCUUCUUUUAUUCAGCAGUAUGCUCCGAUGAACCCGCCAGGCCUCAGAGAACAGUGACAACAUCACAUUCAACACGUCGCUCAUUCAUUCAUGCCAACCAUCUGAAUGGAUGUCCUUCGCUCAGGUCUUGACUAGUGUAGCCUUGCAGAUCCACCAACAACAGACCCUCCUGUUCUGUAUUUACACCUUCAAAGUGAUGCUUGGUCAUAUUCACAUGAUCCACAAACUUCCAGCCAAAUGAAAUCCAGAUGAUGUAUUUAAUACUGUAUUUUGUGUGCUUUUUGCACAAAAUCUGAUGUUACGUACCCAAUAUGCAGCACGGUGGUGAAAUCAGAGAUGAAGGCAGUGGAGCAUCACUCUCUGUGUUGGUUUCUGCCUUCUUCAGUAUGACCUACAGUACCGGACUGUACCUCGCCUGUGACUAAAACAUUUUGCUUUACAUUCAUGGCUUUACGUUUUACAUGAUUACAGUAACGCACCAACGUGAAUGUGACUUCCUUUUAUAGAACUUUGUACCAAAGGCUGGUUUCUUUAUACGCUAUUCUCCUCAUUUACAAUUCAAAUCCAUUGUUUGUCUGUCAACCCGUAGCUGAUGUUUUCUGUUACACAUCAUUCAUGAGCGCCGGCUUCUGUGCAUAACAUAAAUAACGAUGCUUGGAAAAAAAAAAAAAAAGAUUAAAAAGCCUUUUUUCUACUUUUACUAAUUCUGAAUGGUCACAUAUCAGGACACGUUACUCAGCUGAGUAGUACAGUGUGUUGGGGUCAAAGUGGUGAAUCAUAUCAUGAUGAAGGUGAUGCCUUUGCUGUUCUUUUUGUGUAAUAAACAUAAGGACUUAAUGAUU